AUGUUUCUUUGUCAAAAUUUAGAACAUGAAGGAAGUUCAAUUAUCGCUUUUUGCCUUUCUGCUGAUUGUCAGGAACCUAAAUCACAAUUUAGCUUUAAUUGUUUAAUCAAUCCCCAAAAACAUUAAAAUUGUAGAAUUGACUGCAAGCCAUUUGAUAAAAUCGAUACACUACUAGAUUUAAUUCUAUAUAAGCUAGAUAAAAUGUUAGAAUAAACUGAUUAGAAGUUUGAAUUGUUAAAGUUAGAGUAUGAAAAAACAAUCAAAAUUAUUUAACAAGAAUAGCAAAGGUUUUAUGAGAUAAUCAAAAACUUGAAAGAAUAAAAAUACUAGGAAUUUCUUGAUAAUAUUGGCAAAAUAAAGAAUUGGAAUACAAUAAUGAAGUCGACUUAAUUUGAGAAAGAAUUAUUGAUCUCUGUAUUCGUAAUAUGUUACAAUUAGGGUUGA